AUGGCCACGCCGUCUUCAUCUGUGACCGGUCUGGCUGGGUGCGACGACUUGCCAUGGCAGCAUGAUGGCCGGCCACCCAAAAGGCGUAAAGGGGUUUCAAUCACAAGCACGUGCCGGCCGUCGCCUCGAGAGAUUGGAAUCAUGAGAGAGACAGAACGGGAUGAUUCCGCAACCUUUCUGGGCAGUUCCAGUGGCAUUCACUUUAUCCGCACAGUUUACAAUGCAUUUGCCAAGCGUUCAGCGGUCUUACAGGAAGCGCGAGUCAGGAACCAGAGCUUAGUGCCUGGCGAAGACGAUCAGUUACAAAGAAGUCCUGGCAAGUCGCACGGGCUGGAUGAGCUCUGUUUGAAAUACGAGUUAUCUCUUCAAAAUCCUGAGUCGGUAUCAUUUGAGAGCCUCGUGGGUUGGUCGCGGAGCUACUUUGAGUAUUGGCAUCCCAUCUUCCCGUUCCUGCAUGCACCGACCGUAUUGGAAACGAUGGAGAGACUCAGUGAGAGAGGGAUCGAGUCACUUGACCGUGCUGAUCUAGCUAUAUUACGCUCUAUACUUUCUAUAUCGGUGAUUGAUAACCGCCAGGCGCAGAACUCUGGUAUGACAGCGGACCCGAUCCCUUCUGCCCUGGUGUAUCGAACCGUGCAAGAGGCGAUGGAAAGCAUCCAUGGUUUGCUGCUGGAGCCCUCAACGCUUCCGUUGCUGCAGGCAGUAUUCAGCGUCCAGCUAGUACUGACGUCUGUGUUACGUCUCAAUACAGCUUCCAGGGUCGGGGGAUUGAUCAGUCGAACUGCGUUUCAUCUAGGUCUCCAUCGUUGUCCUGCACGAUUCUCGUGUUUCAGCCGUGAGGAUGCAGAUAUUCGCCGUCGCCUUUUCUGGUCGAUUUAUUGUCUAGAAAGAUAUUUGUCCCAGGCUCUGGGAACACCGCCUAGUAUACAGGAUGACGACAUCGAUGUCUGCUAUCCAGCGAGUGAAAGACACGGAGAAAUAGGGAAGUUGCAGCAGGCGAAAGGCUCUCACAGCCACUUGCGAUUGUUUACCCAUCUCGCCAAGUUUGCAAGGCUCAGGGGUCUUAUACUGGAGCUCCGCAACAAAUCCAUCCUGCACAGUCGUAAUAAUACCCUCGAGGCUACGUACGUCAACGGUGAACUUGCGCAAUGGUGGAACGAGGUCUAUGACGACGUUUAUCCCAUGGGAGAGCAGCUAGAAUGUCCGUCCGAGCACGAACCAUCUUUGCAGCCUUACCACCGCUUACUGCUUGUGGUCCUCAGGCAUGAAGCCAUCAUAUCAAUGAAUCGGCCCUUACUCGCUGCUGAAAGACUCUCGCCGGAAUACAAACCAGCCCUACAGUCUUGCAUUGAGUCUUCGCGGUCCCUGAUUUCAGCUUUGAGGGCAUACUUGUUGACUCCUAACAGUAGUCAAAGUGGCCAAGAUGCAGCAGAUAGUGGCCAACACCAAGCGCCAUUGACUUGGCCAUCGUUUACCUGGGCUACUUGGAUGGCCUGUCUCAUCUUAAUGUACGCCGCAUCUGAGGGCGAGUUUUCAACUACAAGUGCCCUAAAAUAUGCUAAACUCGGUAUAUCUAUAUUGGAAAAUCUCUCACUGCGGAAGAGUAGCUGGCCGGAAACCUGUAUCGAAGCAAUCAGAGGCAUGGAGUCGGCUUUGAAAAUCAAGCUAGAUUCUAAUUCUAGGGAACAGACUCCGGUACCCAGGACUUUUCCCAGACGCACACAGCGGACCACAUUGUCAGCUUCAAGCGAGCGUCACAUUGAAAUAGAGCCAAAUAGUAGAAUGGGUCCAUUCCCAGUGCAGGAUGAGAGCAUGUCGCGAGCAGACCUCCUGUCUUCACCUUUGACGCCGAGAAUGAGUGCUUCAAACAUUACCGAGAGGACAUCUGGGCUAUCCACCCCAGCACAUCAGCAACGGCCGAUGCCAAACCAGGCCCAUCACCCGUCGAGUUAUGAUCUGCAUAAUGACCAAUCCAGCCUCGGCGUAGAAACUGACAAUAUGAACGACUUGAGCUCCGCUGGUAUGAUAUUCGGAGAUACGAUGGGCUCACAAUUUCCCUAUGCGGUCGCUGCCGGUCAGGACAUCGCUUCUUUUGCGACGGCUGACCCGUGUGGUAUAAACAAUCUAUGGAGUAUCGCGGACUGGCCUUGGAUGAUUCACGAAAACUUUUCAUGA